UCGGCAGAACCCAACCACUCCAACUAUGCGACGUAUUCUUCGCGAGAUGAUCCAACAACAAAAACACCGGCUUUACACUCUUCAGCUUCCAACGUCAGACCAACACAUUGCUGGCUAAGAUAUUCCGCCUUACAAAUUUCUCCACUCUUUCCAACUUUUUCCGCUAUUAUCAGUUUAUUUUUUGUUCGUUUCCGCGUGCUUGCAGAAUGAAAUGGGCUGAUCAUGCGCACAUUCGCCUUUCUGGAGGAGAGCUUCCUGCCCUGCAUGGGGGACAUUCAUUUGGGAGUCUACGAAACAAGCGAUGAACCUCUCCCCGGAAUGCAACUCCGAAUGUGGUGUUCGGUUGGGAACUCAGUGAACCCGCCGGUCACGUUCGGUCACAGUUCGCGGAUGGCACACAUAUCGCGCGAAGGAUUAGGAGUGCAAAAUGUUUGGAAUUUGCAAUCAUUUGCAGUACUUCAUCAGCUGUACCGUCGGUCGGAUGUGCAAAACCAUAACGGAAUAUACGCGGAUGUUGGCUUAACUCUCAAAUGAGGUACUUUUGGUGCAGCUCCAGAGAGAACUGCUGCAGCAGCAGGCCUCAUCAGAUCAGCCUACUCGGUGAUUGGAGAUCGAAGUGAAAGUGAUACAUUUGUGGACCCCCCAUGUGAAGCCCUGGCUAAGGUUGGUAGGCCCACCUCGGUGCACUCGACAGGCGACAAUCAACAUGAGAUGUGCAACCAAAUUUUAAUUGCUCUCAAUUAAUGUGUUAAUCUACUACUGAUUGAUUGAGUACAGCGGAGUGGCAUUUUAUUGGUUUGUUUGCUUGUGUGUCAAGUGUAUGUGUGCUUUUUUGCGCUGUUUCACAAGUGAAGAGUGAUAAAUCAUUUUACUGUUCGUGCUGUUUCUCACGUUCCGGAGUGCGGCGAAGGGGGUACGUGAAAGUGCAAAGUACAUAAUCAAGCAGAUCAAACGCGCGGAAUUCGAUUUCACGAAUCAGAAACGAGUAUUUAAACGGUGUUGUGAUUUUUGCUCAGUCCAGGCGUUUUGCGGUCGGAGAAACAAUACUGCUGGAUAUUGGUGUCAGUGUGCUGCUUCUGAGAAAAUUACUCCGCAUUUUCCGGUUCAUCUGGUUGCGGGAUUCAUCGUUGGAAUAUAAUACCGUGCCAAGCUUGCUAUUACUUGAUAUCCCGUUUCAGAUGGCAACACUCACUCCAACCUUUUAGAGGUCCUCUUCUCGUGCAGCAGGACUAACAGCAGCCAGCCAAGAGCUCCAGCUAUGUCAACAUAAAAAUAUUGCAUUCCACAUUCCAGUGCCGUGCUCUCCGAACUGAACCUGGGGCUGGGCUGGGAAAGCAAAAAUGUAAAAUAAUGCAAAAACAGUCAAGAUGACGAUAAAACUUCACGAGUGCAAACAUAAACAUCAUCAUAAACAUCAUCGCAGCAGUGACGGUGGCGGUCGUAGAACUAAUUCCAUUCGCGACAAAGUGAAUUGCGAAGUGUUGUUGAGAGCGAUUCCGGAAGAUGUCGGGAAUAGUGCAAAUUGUCAGAAUGGCGAGUUAGCAGAAUGUGACUAUUCCCGCGUUCAGAGGCAGAGCGAUGACGGUGAUGAAUGCCGUUCGGCUUGUGCCGGUUACCGCCAGAAUGUGGCCCGGAACUUUGCAGUAACGGCCGGGGAAGAUCUACAGCGUUGCGGCACACGCGUUGGCAAUGACUAUCAUCGGGAUUGGUCACAGCAGCCCGCAACGGAACAGUACCACCUCGACCAUCAGUACGAUAACAUCCGACCUAGCCAUCCGAAUAGUUUUAGUUUUAAUUUUUGCAAUCACACCUUUCUGCGGAAUAUAUCUGUACUGUAUAUAGCACUAGUGUUAGUAGUAACAAAUGCGGUGGCAGCAUUCGAGCCCGAUUUUGUAUACCCACUGGAAAACGUUACGGUAGCAAAAGGGCGUGACGCGACGUUCACCUGUGUCGUGAACAACCUCGGUGGUUAUAGGGUGAGUGGGGAUUCAGCUCCUGCUAGGGUGGCCUGGAUCAAAGCGGACGCGAAAGCGAUCCUCGCAAUCCACGAGCACGUGAUCACCAACAACGGGCGGUUGUCGGUUACGCACAAUGACUACAACACCUGGACCCUGGUGAUACGGAACGUCAAGAUGGAGGACCGAGGGGUGUACAUGUGCCAGGUCAACACCGACCCGAUGAAAAUGCAGACUGCAUUUCUGGAAGUGGUGAUCCCACCGGACAUAGUCUACGAGGAAACUUCAGGCGACAUGAUGGUCCCGGAAGGUGGCUCUGCCAAAUUGGUCUGCAAGGCUCGGGGCUACCCGAAACCGAAGAUCAUCUGGCGCCGGGAGGACGGCCGGGAAAUAAUCGCACGUAAUGGCACCCACGGGAAGAUGAAAGCCACGGUCGUGGAAGGUGAGAUGCUAUCACUUACCAAGGUGACACGCUCGGAGAUGGGUGCGUACAUGUGCAUCGCGUCCAACGGUGUCCCUCCGUCGGUGAGCAAACGGAUGAAGCUCCAAGUACAUUUUCAUCCCCUGAUACAAGUGCCGAAUCAACUUGUUGGUGCUCCACUGGGAACCGAUGUCACACUCAUCUGUAAUGUGGAGGCGUCCCCCAAGGCAAUCAACUACUGGCAGCGUGAAAUCGGCGAGAUGAUAAUCUCCAACGAGCGCUACUCGAUGACCGAAAACGAAAGCUCGAUGUACGCGGUGCAGAUGACGCUUGUGAUCCAGAAGCUACACAAAGCGGACAUGGGCGGUUACAAGUGCAUAUCGAAGAACAGCAUCGGGGACGCCGAAGGGACGAUCCGGUUGUACGAAAUGGAGCUCCAGAAAAAGACUAAAUCAGCACAUAGACUGAAUAGCGUCGAAGAUACCUCUGUAAAUGAUGAAAUCAACUCAACGCCCAACAUUGACCAACCCGAGGAGAAUAAUAAAAUCCACAAAAACGGCCGACUGUACAAGGGUCUGCAGAGCAGUGAGCACAACGUGAUGAGCUCAGGAGCAGUCGGCAGCAGCAGUAGUAGUCAUCAACUCUUCCAUCCGUUCCAUCUGCACCAUCGGCCCCAUCAAUCAUCCGGCGGAUGGUCCGGCGGGGCAAAGCUGUUAAUUGUCCUGCUGGUGCACCUACGCCAACUGCUGAUCCGGCUGGUGAGGCUAGCGUUCCGUACGGUGCACACUGGCUCGUGCUGUUGCAGGAUAAUCUUCCGAAGUUGGACGGGCGGUGGCUCGUCAUCGGUUCUGUUAUACUCGUCGUUGUGAUUUUUGCUGUUACUUCUGCUGAUAGGUGUGCAUUCGAGCGUUGAAUAAAGGCUGCUAGUUGUUGGGAUAAUGUGAAUACUGUAAGCAAGUUCUUCCUUCAAUCAUCUAAAAAAAAUAGUACACUGACAAAUUGGCGGACGCUGGGCGAAGUAGUGAAAAGCUGAACGAUAAAAUUCUUCCCUAACAUCACAUUACUCGUCCCUCACCGGCAACUCGGUCUCCAUGAACUCUUUCGCUGAUUGCUUCUUCGUACGGAAACUGACACCCUGAUUAUUAUUAGAGAGAAGAGUGAAGUGCACCAUUUGUCUCUGCAUAUUUGAAGGAGUAAGUGCCAAAAUGAAAUUACUGUAUAAGGUGACAGGCAAAAAAAGGUGAGCCAAUAAAAAACCUCAUCUGGAAAUCAGAUGAGCAAAUCGUAAAACCAUACACACACGAUCAUAAAAGAAGCUAUAUUCAUAUUCAUAACCGAUGCAAAGUCGGAAACAAUAUAUGCGUUAUUUCAAAUGCAAAAAUAUGGAAGGGAAUGGAGAAAAAGUAAAAGUUUUAUUAUGAAUAAAAAAAAUGUGGCGCUUAUUGUUACGUCGAGGAAAGAUAGCGAUUAUGAUAUGGAACGGUAUAUCGUCUGAAAAAAAAAUCAAAAGGACGGAAAGCACACUACGCUAUAUACAUAACGGUAGAUAAAACAAUAUUCAUAAAACACGAUCACUUUAGCCAAUUAACAGAAGGUACAGCCAGAAAGAUGGAACAAAGGAAGAUACAUUAUAAAAAGCAUUUUAUGAUACAACUAGUAAUAAUAACAAAUGUGGUGCAAACAGUAUGUCGGUUGCUGAAGCUAGAUAAAGGCACUGUGGAAUAUGAGAAUGCUAUAGGAAAUGUAAUGAAAUAUUGUAACUCCCUUGCGGGUACUCAGAGUGUGUAAAUAUGAGUAACAAUAUUGAUGAUAGUAAUAAAGACAAGUAAUGAAAUAAAGGUAAUACAAACUAUGAAACAAUA